AUGUCGGCCUGGAUUGACAUUGUACGAGGUGGAGAUAACUUCCAGACCCCCGCACUUCAGGAGUUCCACCAACCUUACAAGACAUUUGACGAGCAGCUGCACAAGCAUAUUCAGGUGCUAAUGUUGGUCUGUGGCAGGAACUGCGGGGUUGGAAGAGCUAACCGACAAAUCCGUAGCUGUCGGUUUGGAAACACUGUCCUUCUGGAUUGCCACCUCCACCAUCAUGGCGACUGGUACCCUUCGAUAAAAGCCGGUCGCUGUGCGCCGAAUUUAUCGCAGCAUAUCAUCAAAGGCUCCCAAAAUGUCUCUCCCAUGGAGCUUGCCCAUCAAUUCUAUGCUCGAGCUUUGUCUCCCAUCUCUGAGGCAAUCGUGUUCAUGCAGAACGAGUACUGGGACAUCCCAACAAUCGUAACAUGA